UGGUCUCGUUUUAAUCAUGCGUACGUCUCUGAACAUCUUUCUAACUUUUCCAUCUCAUGCAUUUCUUGUGGCGGGAAUCCAGAGCCUCGUGGAGGACAUCUUGUCUCCUUCAAGUCAAACUCUCAACAAGCGCGGAACCUGCAGCUCUGGUCGCGGGGCUCCGGUAACACGGUCGGGGGUCGGAGCUCCGUCACUCCGCCGGAGCCAAGAGGUUAAAGACGGACCAGCGGGGGGGCGAGGAGGGGGAGGUCCCGUGUUCCUCCGCACUCCGUCCAACUAGUUUCACACAACGUUCAGGAAUCUUCGUGUCUUUUUAAACCGUCGCCACCGUGAAACACGAUCCGCGUCGAGCCGCAGGUCGGAGCCGCAGCGCGACGCCCCGCGCACCGGGAGGAGCCGCGCGACGGACGGCGACAUGUCGCGGAGCUCCGGGGCCGCCUGGACGUGACUGGGAGCCGGAGAGGUUGAUGGAGGGAGAGAAAGAGGAGAAGGAGGAGGAGGAGGAAGAGGAGGAGAAGGAGCUUCAUCCUCACGUCGUCGCAGCAGCGUCCUCUGUGGACUACCAGGACCUUCCCAUCAUGCACUGGGAGGACCUGAGCCAGCGAAUCGCUGAGCUGGAGAAACAGGAGCAGGAGAGGAGGGAGAGGGCAAAGAGGGGGACGGGGCUGAGGACGGAGGAGCGGCCGGGGGGAGUGUGGAGAGACGUCUGGCAGGAGGAGGAGCAGGAGGAGGAGGGGGGAGGAGGAGGCGUGAGGAGGUGUCGCGUCGCCGUCGUUACGUCUCGGUUCCACAACCACAGAAACCUGCAGCUGUGCUUCAUCAACAAAAGCGACAGUGAAGACGAGGAGGGAAGCGACACAAAGGUCACUUCCUGUCUGUUCCUUCAGGAACCAGCAGGUCUCCAUGGGAACAGGACCCAAUGGUUGUCACGCCGCUGGGCUGAAACAGGAAGUGGCCACCGCUCUGAGGACGCUGAGAGACAAACUGCUGGCAGAGCAGAAGGAGAAGGAGCAUGUGGCCAGCAGCAGUGGCGUUGCCAAGCGGAAACAUCUGGAGCGUUGGGAGCUGCAGGAGUGUUCAGUUCAGCAGCUCAUCGGCUUGAGAGGCUCACUUCAACAGGACGUGCACGCUCUGAGCUCGGAGCUGGUGACUCACCUGCUGGUACGAGACCAGCUGAGGACGAAGCAGGACGCCAUGCUGCUGGACGUCCAGGACCUGACCUAACGCAGCACCGGGUCCGCGGUCCGGGCGCCCUGCAAACUCAGACAAGACUCAGCGUGACCACGCUGUGGGAACAGGCUGGAGGUCGCGUCCACGCCGGCGUGACGUCCAACCUGCUAAUUUAUGGAAAGUGACAAAUCACGAAAGACAAGCAAGAUGGAGAAAUGAGUGGAUGAUGAAGCUGAAGGGAAGUUGAACGACUCAGUUAUGGCAAACUUAUGAGUAUAAGCUAACUUAUAGUCAUAAGUUUAUUGACAGGAUGAAUCAUAUGAGGUUGACAUGUGACGACAAGACGAAGUGACAGAGUUGUUGUUUUAAAAAUCGACAGAUUCCAGUUGGAAUGUUGGGAUUCACUCCUUCAUCCAACAUGAAGAAGUGAAUCUGAAAGGCUUCCUCAACCAGUUUGUAGCUUGAACUCACCAACACAUUCUUUUCUGAGCGAUGUUUUUGUUUUACAGUGCUCUGAUUGGUUUGACGUGGACAGGACCCGGAUCAAACAUUCAGCAACAUUCGAUCCAGGAUCUGAUCAAACGAGAUAAAACCACACUCACGGUUCUGACGACGCAGAUUAGAUCCAUGUUUUGUUAAGUUAAACUUCAUGAAUUGUGAUAAACUGUCAAGUGUUUUCUUUCCCCCAAACUGUUAAUUAUUUAGUCACAAAAAAUAAUGUCAAAUAAGUAAAAAGUGGUUUCAAGGACUGUGAAGCAACAAGAGCAGUAAAAUCUACAUAAAAAUGUGUUUUUACACUCUAAUGUAGGAGACAGAUGUUGUGGUGAAUUCUGUGCAUUUGAAUUUUGUGAGAUUUUUCUCAGGUAGUUAAAGUCGCAGUUCGCUCGUCACCAGUUUUAUAUUUGAGGGAAAUUAACCACAACUGAAUGAAAAAUGUAUUUGGGAUCAAAUUUUUUAUUGCGAACUCUGGUCACAGAUCAUCUAAACGUGACCAGUGUUACUUUCUUUCCUUAAUUUCCUACAACUCUCUUUUUAUGACAAAAAAAGUGUGUGUGUGGUUUUUAUUUCUAUUAUAUUUAAGUUUCAUUGUGUAUUUUACUUUGUUGUAAUAAGAAGGGAACAGUUCACCCAAACAGCGUUUGUAGCAAGACAACUGACACUUUUUGUCUUGGUUGUUUACCUUAAAGGAAAAAAAGGAAAAGGAGAAUUUCAGCAAAACAAAUUUUGAUAAAAGAAGAAAAAAUAAAUCUAAAACUGAAAGAAGUUAGUUUGUAUUUGAUAUUAGGAACAAUAACAAGGCCGUCCAUGUGUUCUACAAGUUUAAAAGUGAUUACAGACAGUGAGCUGUGUAUAAUUUAUAAUAUUAGUUACACAAAUGUGUAAAACUGCUCAAAUAAUGUUGACAUUUUGGUGGAAUUUCUCUUUAACCGACGCUAAACACUUCAGGUACAGGCAACAACGAUGUUAUUGUUUACUCAUAAGCAAUGCCAGGGAAUAAUCCACUUCAUAUAGCCACGUUUUAUGUGAUGAUGUGCAUCAAAUAUUGCUGUGUUUUGAGUUUUCUAAUUUUAACUCGAUGUUUACGUGGUCGUCCAACUCAACACCAGGCAAACAUUUGUAAAGUUGUGUGUUUUCAUUGAACUGCAGAGAUUCACCGUUGGAAGAAUAUUCACAUGAUAAACCACCACCAUCUUUGUCCUCUAGUGCCUCAGAGAAACUAUAUGUUGUUGAUACUGAUCAUUGAUCUGUGAUAAGAAGCUGAAUGUCAUAUUAAUGGACGGCAAUGUACUGUAAAGGGAAAAUGUGUCAACCUUUUAUUAACUUAUAUAUAUGUAUCUUACAGCAACACUGAAACGUCAUAAGAAAUGAAUUGAUGUUUCGAUUUGUCCUCAAAGUGUUGAGUUAAAAGAUUUCAAAAUAUUUUGUCCUGAAAAUCACAAAGUGAACCGAUUGUUUCGCUGUGAGUACGAAGAGGUGUAUUUUAAAAGUGUAAAUAGAAUUAAUUACAUUAUGUUUUUGUAAAUGUCAACGUUUAUUCUGAAAUAUAUUUUGAGAGGCAAAGGUGACGAUCCACAA